GAAACCUGCCUUAGAGUCUAUCUGCGGCACCUCGUCCCUGGUGUUUGGCGGGGGACUUCUGCAGCGGGAUCUUCCCACCUGAGGGACUUCUGCAGCGGGAUCUUCCCACCUGAGGGACUUCUGCAGCGGGAUCUUCUGAGCCAGGUGACGAUGGGAUUUACAGGGAGCCGUCAGGAUUGAGCCGCACUCAGCGCGAUGCCCAACGCGUCUUCCUGGAGCGCCAGCUCGCCGCUGCUGCUGCUCUGGGAGGACUCCCCCGGGACACGCAUCCUCCUGUCACUGCUCUACGCGGCACUGGCCAUCUCGGGGACUCUGUCCAAUGUAAUGGUCAUCUACCUGGUGUUCUCCUUCAAGAAGCUGCAGACGACCAGCAACGCGUUCAUCGUGAACGGCUGCGCUGCCGACCUCAGCGUCUGCGCCCUCUGGAUGCCCCAGGAGGCCGUGCUGGGGCUGCUGCCCCCCAACUCCUCCUCCCUCCGCUCRGCUGAGUACCGGCUGCUGCGCGGGGGGCUCCUGGGCCUCGGCCUCACCGUCUCCCUGGCCUCCCACCUCCUGGUGGCCUUCAACAGGUACGUGCUCAUCACCAAGCUGCCCAGCGUCUACCAGGCGCUCUACCAGCGGCGGCGCACGGCCGCCAUGAUCGGCCUCUCAUGGCUGCUGGCGCUGCUGCUGCUCCCGCUGCUGCCCGGUCUCUGGGCGCCGGCCCGGCCGCCGCUGCCGCCUGCGGGCCGCGCCGCCGAGCACGACGCCGGCCCGCGCUACACAGCCCUGCUGCUGGCRCUGGCCGUGCUGGGCCACACGGCGCUGCUGCUCCACUGCUACCUGGGCAUCGUGCGGCGGGUGCGCGGCAGCGCCAAGCGGGUCAGCGUGCUCAACUUCCACCUGCUGCACCAGCUGCCCUUCCCGGCCGCGCCGCCGCCGCCGCGCCGCGCGCAGCGCCGCCUCAGCAGCGUCUCGGUGCUGCUGCUCUGCUGCGUGUUCCUGCUGGGCACGCAGCCGCUCGCGUGGCUCAGCCUGCUCGCCUUCUUCCUGCCGCCCGCGCCGCCGGCGCUGCACGCMGCCAGCUGGCUGCUGCUCUGCGCGCUCUCGGCGCUCAACCCGCUGCUCUACACGUGGCGCAGCGAGGAGUUCCGCCGCGCGCCUGGGCUAAAUAUAAACCACCAGAUUCUCCGUAGCGUGCGGAAAGGCAACACCUCCCACUUGGAGCGUGGCGGGAAGCGGAGCUGCUCUCUGGUGAGUACUGCAGCCCCGAGGGUUUGGUCAGGAAUGGACCUGCUGCCCCUUGUAUCCUCGGCUUCCUCGGCUGGGGGUUGUGGUUCGGGGGUGCUGCYGGCGCCCAGCCAUGACUGCCUCUUUGUGGAGAAGCCUGGGAGAAGCUACUGCUGCCUGCGGUUUGUGACCUCUGCUUGUUAA